CUGAUAACUCCUACAAUCAGCUGUUGGGUUACCACAAUAAUUUAGUACCAUAAAAGAUUAUUUAAUUAAGAGUCAAAUAAAUAUAUUUUCAUUAAAUUUAGUUUUAUUCUGUUAUUAUAAUUGUAGUCACUAUCACUGUUUAUAAAAAAUACGAAAAAGAAGAUGUUCGAAAACAAACGAAUAUGUCCGGUAGAUAAAGGCUGACGUUGUUAUUAGUGAUUGGUGUACAUUAUCUGAGUUUGGAAGAAGUAAUCGUCAGUGAAUCAAAAUAUUUGGAAGAUUUUUUAUAAAAUUUCCACUGUUGCAGUAAUUAAAUGUAAAAUAUGAGAUCUUUAAGUAUAUCAUUAUUAAGUUUAUCCCUAACAUUAAUAGUAAUCGCAAAUGCAUAUUAUCAGAAGAAACAGUUUUAUCCAUCUGUUGUAUAUAUCACAAAAUCAAAUCCGAGUAUGGCAGUAAUAUACAUUCAAGCGUUUAUAUGUGUAUGGAUCAGUGGAAAGAUUAUGAGAAAAAUAUUCUUUGGUCAACUGCGAACGACAGAGUUUGAGCAUCUAAUGGAGAGAUCUUGGUAUGCAGUAACAGAAACAUGUCUAGCAUUCACUGUCUUCAGAGAUGAUUUCAAUCCAAAGUUUGUGGCUUUGUUUACUUUAUUACUAUUUUUGAAAUCAUUCCAUUGGUUAGCAGAAGACCGAGUAGACUAUAUGGAGAGAAGUCCUGUGAUAAGUUGGCUUUUCCAUAUCAGAGUCUUGUCUCUGCUUCUUCUUUUGGGUUCUUUAGAUUUACAUUUCAUACAACAUGCAUACCUAUCAACAGUAUCUAAGGGUGCGUCCGUCCAAUUAGUAUUCGGUUUUGAGUAUGCUAUUCUUCUCACUGUAGUAAUAAACAUAGCUAUUAAAUACGGAUUGCAUUCAAUUGAUUUAAAUAGUGAAACACCAUGGGAUAAUAAAGCGGUAUUUUUGUUGUAUACUGAGCUAGUUAUGGGAUUGAUCAAAGUCAUUUUAUAUUUUGCUUUUGUAGCUAUCAUGGUUAGGAUCUACACGUUGCCGUUGUUUGCCUUCAGACCAAUGUAUUACACAAUACGUAAUUUCAAGAAAGCAUUUAGUGAUGUAAUUUUGUCGAGAAGGGCCAUCCAUAACAUGAAUACACUUUAUCCAGAUGCUACUCCUGAAGAAUUACAAGCCGCCGAUAAUGUUUGUAUUAUUUGCAGAGAGGAAAUGGUUACAGCAUCAAAAAAAUUACCAUGCAAUCAUAUUUUCCACACAGCAUGUCUUCGAUCAUGGUUUCAACGCCAACAAACCUGUCCCACUUGCCGUCUCAAUAUUCUUCGUAAUCCAACCAACAACAAUACACGUCCUGCAGCGGCUCCUCGACCACCUCAACCAAAUAUUCAAAAUCCAUUCAUUAAUCCUUUCUUUGCUGGACAAAAUCCAUUCCAAAUGUUUCAAAUACCAAAUCCGGACAAUCUCCCACCACCACCACCACAACAACAACAACAACAACAAAGACCUGCCGCAGAAGGAGGAAAUGAGCAACCUGCAGCUCCUCAGGCUCCACCGCAGGUUAAUUUACCACCAUUUGCGUUUCCACCAUUUCCUUUCGUACCGUUUUUCCCUCCGCCGCCUAUGCCUCCACAAAAUUUGUCAUCAUUGUCUACAGAAGAAUUGCAGAGAAUGGAAGGUAAUGAAAGGGAGAAUGUCGAGGCUAGGAUACAGUGUCUCAGAAAUAUACAGAUGUUGUUAGAUGCUGCAGUGGUAAUGAUGCAACAGUACAGUACUACAGUCUUACUAUCUACGCAUGUUCCUCAAAACGCAAGUUCUACCACUAAUGUAUUUCAAACUAAUAACCCAUCAUGGAACAUACCUCAAACCCAAACCGAAACUCCGAAAGUUGCAAAAGUGGCACCAACAACGAACUCUCAAGUAACAACAACCCCAGAAGAAACACAAUUUGAUAAACCGACUACUUCGAAGGGAUCUAGUGAACCGCUGAAAGAAGAAGAACAAGUAGACGCUAGUCAACUUACUCAAGAAGAGGUGAUAAGAAGAAGAAGACUGCAAAAGUUUGAACAACCCGUGGGAAGAGAAUAGAAAUAUUUUCUACCGUAGAUAUAUAAUGGAUUUAAGUUUGUUUUUGUUGAAAUAUUUUGUGAUUAGAGUGUUCCACAUUAUUUUUUUUUAUAACCCGCAAUAUGGUUUGCUAUACUUAUUCGACUGUAUAUUUAUCUUGUCUUAUGUUUUAGAUAUUUUUUGUACACCUUAGAUUGUCUAGUUCUGGUGAAAGGAAUCAUUUUUAACUGUGCAGUGAUUCAGUCCAUAUUUUUUAUACAGGUUGAAACACCAAAGUUCAUUCCCCUUCAUUCAAUUUUGGAUUUGAUUACAAUGUUUCGUCUGAUUUAUUCUUGGUUUUUCUGAAUGUAAUAUAUUUUGUCGUCAAAAUCGUUAACUAAAGUGACUAAAUUGAGAUUUGUAACCACCACAUUACAUUGUCUGGCCCUUUGAGUUCUCUAUAAGUUGCUGGUUCAUAUGUAGACCAGGAAGCGUAAUUGUGAGUUUUGGUAUAACGGUAGAAAAUUAAUUAAACCAAAGUAACUUUUAAUUCGAUUAACCAAAAUUUUAUCAAACAAUUGUAUUUGAUUUUUCCUAUUUUAACUUUUUUGUUUUUGUCAAAUUAUUUGAAAUAGUGUAAAAAUUUUCGGGAAAAAUAUUACUGUAUCUGAUAAUAUUGUAGAUAUGAAUCUUUAGGUUGAAAUUUCUGAAUGUAGGUAAGCUGGAAAUUUAAGACUUUUAUGUUGAAAGAAUUUUUAAUUGUAUUCAAUUUAUAUAUUAAAGUAUUUUCAGUUAUCACGUGGAGUAUUUAUCCAAUAUCAUCUGCGAUCGAAUAAAUUUUGUACCAACAAGUUGAUUAUCUUUUUAAGGGGUAACAACACUGUAGAGCCUGGUUUUUGUAUUUUUUGUUCUAAAAAACAUAAUAUCAGGUGCAAAAUCUGAUUGAAUGACUUUAUAAUAUGUGUUUUGAAGUAAUUGAACUAAUUUUCACAGAGCAUUCAAAAACAAAAUGGCGUUCAAUACUGCAUAAGAGGAAUUUUCAAAGAGUCCUCUGCUACCAUCAACUUUUCGUCGUAGCUGUUGAUCUGAAGCAUAGAAAUCAAGUUUUUUCUUAAUGUUUGAACUAAAAGCAAGAGAAGUACGUAGGGGUUUCAAAAAAUAUCAAAUUUUAACAAAAUUACGGUAGUUAGAAAAAAAUCGGUCGUAAAACAAAAGGUUUUCAAUUUAUUAAUAAAAUCCUACGUAGUUCCUAGAAAAUAAUGUUAUUAAGAUUCUGUCAAAGUUUUGAAUCAAUCGGAUCAAAAUUGACUGCAUUAAUGGUGGUGGUAGUGAUUUCAAGAUAAACGCGUUUAAAGUUUGAAAACGGGACGCGACCAAGCGUGAUGCAACGGUCAAAUUGACGCUACACCAAGUAAAGGAAAUAUAUAUCACGCGUGAGGUGGCGCAUCACCGCACGUAGUUUUGUAAUUUACAAGAUUGAAUACAUUGACGACGGACGAUACGUGUAAGCUCUCAGACGUGUCUUGCUGUAGUUCAGACACACGUGUGAGUGACUAGCAAGUCUUUCCUGAUAGAAGAAGAAAAGUUACUAGAGGCGUUAAGGGAACACAGAGAAAUUUACGAUACAAAAAAUUAAGACGAAAUUGAAGAAUCGGAUCAUCAGCAUAAUCCGAUUCUGAUUCAGAACUUCAAUAACAACAAUUGUUUUAUUGGAAUGUUAACAAUGUCAGACAUUUGCGGAUCACCACGCAGCAAUUGUAGCCUGUACCUCACCUAUAGCACGCUACCUCAAUGUGUUCUAAUUCGCCUAGUGCCACCUGUAGGUAUCGGUGUGUACUAUUUACUAGUAGAAAUAGUCUGCGAGGGAUAUCUGAGGCGGGUAUGCAUUUCGGAGCGAAAAAAAAGAUUUUUUGAAAUUUUUACAGUGGUGUUACCCCUUGAUUGAAUAUUACACAAGGUAAUCCAGAAUUAUGGACAGUAAUUUAGAAAUAUGAGUGACUAAGUAAGAAAAACCAACUCACAGAAACUUGUAUAUGAAAAACCGUUUCAUUAUCGUUUGGGUGAAAAAUCACACGUCUGGAAAGAUUCUGAUUGUUUAAAUUUUUGUGUUUUCCGAAAAAUUGAUUUUUUGGUAAAGCAUCUAUAAAAAAACUUUCAAAAAAAUUGUAAAUAACUGAAUACAGUAACCCUAUAGACAAUGUUUCAAAUAAUUAAGAAAAUAUUGAAAUUUACCACAUAUUCUUAAUAUGCAUUAAAAAAUAGUGAAUUCCAUUGAAAAUCUAUUCGUUCUGGUAUAAAUGGUAGUAAAAAAUACGGUAAAUAUUAAAAAAAAUGAGCUUAUUGAAAAAACUUUCUAUACCAAUUUUCAUAAAAAGAUAACCACUAGUUUCUGAUGUCAAAUUAUAAUGGUAUACCCUGUAAGUUAAAAUAUAAAUUGUGUACAUAUUAUUAUUAAAUGAGAGAAGUACCAACUUUCCAAGUUUAAAUUUUUUUUCAAAUGUCUGCCAAAUGUUACAUAUAUUGGAAGUAAUUACGAGGAUAAUUAAUUUCACAUCACUAACCACCCCAUUUCUUAUGAAUAAAGGGUGGUUUACUAAAAAAAGAAGUAAAUUAUCAUCACUAUCAUAUUAAUUAUGAAAAUUUAUUGUGAAAUAUGAUUUUUUCACAAUAUUAUCCAGUUUCCGAAAAGAAGUAUCUUUAUUUUAGAUCAUCAUAACAUACUAUCAGUUCUAUAAAUAAAUGUACAUACUUCUGGAUCACCUUGUAUAAAUAGAGAACAUUCCGUGAUUGUCGUUGUCUGUUUGUGUGUGAUUAUUUAAAUUUAUUUUAAUUAGGAAUUUUUUAACAAAUAAAUAGUGUCCAAAAUUUGUUUCCAACUAAUUAUUUGUUGUUAUUGUUAACAAUAUUCACAAUAAACGAUGCUUAUUGUUUUUGAAUUGUGCUAAUUAAUUUUGCAAGUUUUCUUCACAUUUGUGUGAGUAUGAUUCAGUUGUAAAUACUUUGUAAGUACUUUCCUCUAGAUUAUUUGUCGUUCAUUAACUCUAAUCAAUUUUUUUGAAUUCUUAUUCAAGACAUAAGUGAAAAAUCAGAGUUUAUAAUUUGUAAAUGUAAACAGUAGGAUUACAAAUAAAUUUCUGACAUUCUAAUUGUUAUUUAUUUAAAUUUUAUAUCAUUAAAUGUGGAGAUAAUA